GGGUCGGGCGCAUAGCCUUCGACUGAGUUUCCCCGCGGAGGGCGGCGGGCGGCGGGGACCGGGUGCGGCGGCCUCGGUGGCGGCCUCGGCGGGAGCAGCAUGGAUUGGGGCACCGAGCUGUGGGAUCAAUUUGAGGUGAUAGAGCGGCACACGCAGUGGGGGCUGGACCUGUUGGACAGAUAUGUGAAGUUCGUGAAAGAGCGGACAGAGGUGGAGCAGGCUUACGCGAAGCAGCUGCGGAACCUGGUGAAAAAGUAUCUGCCCAAGAGACCUGCCAAAGAUGACCCUGAGUCCAAGUUCAGCCAGCAGCAGUCCUUUGUGCAGAUUCUCCAGGAAGUAAAUGACUUUGCGGGCCAGCGGGAGCUGGUGGCUGAGAACCUCAGCGUCCACGUGUGUCUUGAGCUGGCCAAAUACUCGCAAGAGAUGAAGCAGGAGAGAAAGAUGCACUUCCAAGAAGGACGUCGGGCUCAGCAGCAGCUGGAAAGUGGCUUCAAACAGCUGGAGAAUAGUAAGCGUAAAUUUGAGCGGGACUGCCGGGAGGCUGAGAAGGCAGCCCAGACCGCAGAGCGGCUAGACCAGGAUAUCAACGCCACCAAGGCGGACGUGGAGAAGGCCAAGCAACAAGCCCAUCUUCGGAGUCAUAUGGCAGAAGAAAGCAAAAAUGAGUACGCAGCCCAACUACAGCGUUUCAACCGAGACCAGGCCCACUUCUAUUUUUCCCAGAUGCCUCAGAUAUUUGAUAAGCUACAGGACAUGGAUGAGCGCCGGGCCACCCACUUGGGGGCUGGGUACGGGCUGCUGUCAGAGGCGGAGCUGCAGGUGCUUCCGAUCAUCACCAAGUGUUUGGAGGGCAUGAAGGUGGCUGCGGCUGCUGUGGACAGCAAGAAUGACUCCCAGGUCCUAAUUGAGCUGAACAAGUCAGGCUUUGCCCGCCCGGGCGACGUGGAAUUCGAAGACUUCAGCCAGCCCAUGAACAGAGCGCACUCGGACAGCAGCCUGGGCACCCCCUCCGAUGGCCGGCCCGAGCUGCGAGGCCCAGGUCGUAGCCGUGCCAAACGCUGGCCCUUUGGCAAAAAGAACAAGCUCUCGUUCUGCCUGCAGACAGUGGUCACUGAGGAUUUUAGCCACUUGCUCCCAGAGCUGCAGAGAAAGCGGCUUCAGCAGCAGCUGGAGGAGCAUAAUCGUGAACUACAGAAAGAGAUUGACCAGAGGGAAGCCCUGAAGAAAAUGAAGGAUGUGUAUGAGAAGACACCCCAGAUGGGGGACCCCACUAGCUUGGAGCCCCAGAUUGCAGAAACCCUGAACAACAUUGAACGGUUGAAAUUGGAAGUGCAGAAGUAUGAGGCUUGGCUGGCGGAAGCUGAGAGCCGGGUGCUGAGCAACCGGGGAGACAGCCUGAACCGGCACACCCGGCCUCCGGACCCCCCAGCCAGCGCCCCACCCGACAGCAGCAGCAGCAGUAACAGUGGAUCACAGGAGAACAAGGAGAGCUCUGAAGAGCCCCCCUUGGAGGAAGGCCAGGACACCCCCAUCUACACAGAGUUUGAUGAGGAUUUCGAGGAGUCUGCAUCCCCUAUAGGUCACUGUGUGGCCAUCUACCACUUUGAAGGGUCCAGCGAGGGCACCAUAUCCAUGGCUGAGGGUGAAGACCUGAGUCUCAUGGAAGAGGACAAAGGCGAUGGCUGGACUCGGGUCAGGCGGAAACAGGGAGGGGAAGGCUACGUGCCCACCUCCUACCUCCGAGUCACGCUCAAUUGAACCCUGCCAGAGGUGGGAAGAGGGGGGCUGUCGGCUGCUGCUUCUGGGCCACAGGGGGCCCCAGGACCUACGCACUUUAUUUCUGCCCCCGUGGCUUCAGCUGAGACCUGUGUAACCUGCUGCCCCCCACCUCCACCCUACUCCUCACCUCAGAUGGACCCGCUGUGCCUUCUACCAUUGAUGUACAUACUCAUGUUUUAAAUCUUUUUCCUGCCACUCGGCUAGGGCCAUUUUGUUUUAUAUAUAAAAAAAAAUAGGUGAA